UUCCGCAAAAGGAAAAGAACGAACGAACGCGUCUGGUUUUACUUUUACGGCUUCCAUUUUAAAGUUCGAACGGUGCUGCAACGGUCGUUGAGGGCGCGACGGUUGCUGGAAAAGCCACGAGCGGUUUGACUGUGUAUAUGUAACGUCGAAAACGUUUGUAGCGCAGGUCCGCAACGUUGUUUGCGUUGCACGGAGAAAAUCCUAGUAGCUAGUAGUACACUAGUGUUGUGAGAGAUCGUAAAUCGUGUUUCAGUGUCUGGGAUGAUAGUUGCGAAACGUUCGGUGGACGUGAGUCUCGUUGACCGACCCGAGGGAUGAUCCAGUGGAAUUGAUCCUGGAGGUGCGUCGAAGGACACAUAUGUAUCGUUCGGAUCUUCACAGGGAGAUUCGCGUUUAUGCGGCGGAGGUCGGAUCGGCGAUGUACACGACGUAGGUGUGGCGCGUAAAAGAGAGAGGAGGCACGUAUGGGUUUGUAAUGAAGAGGAGAGCGACGAGGUUGAAUUGGAUUAACUUUCCCCGUUUUAAAAGCCGAUCGAUCGACCGAAAGUAAUCCGGGGACGAGUAAAAUCUGGCUGACUUGGCUCGGCCUGUAAAAUCUAUUUCUCUCUGCUUGGUAAAUAUCGUUUCUCUCGCCUCGUAACACACCGUGUGGGUGCGUGUGCGUGAGCGUACCGUGUCUGCGCCUAUGCGUCUCCGUUCGCCGAGUCGUGGCGAUCGGCCGCGACAACCUUUGGAGGGAGAGGUUUCGUACCGAGUCACUGGGCUGGUGGCGCGUGUAUACACGCUCUCAGGAGCGCGCGCGCGCGCGUCUCUCGUGUGUUGUCACGCGCGCGCAUUAACGGAAUUCACGAUCGGACACACGGGUACUCUCAACAAAUGUUUAAAUGGACGCAUCGUCCAUCAUCACCCAAGUGUCGCGGGAUGACGAGCUAGGCCAGUUUAACAAUGGGAAAGCCCAGUUACCGCAACAGAAUGAAGUGGCCAGCAGCAACGGUCCAGCAGCCGGUGGCAAAAAGCCAAGAGGGCGUGGACUACUGCGAUCUCUGCUCUGCUGUCUCGGCAGGGGACGGGGGAGCAGUUCGAAGAGCUCGAAGACUAGCUCGCUGCAGGGCGACGGGCACGGAUCGCCCUCGCUAGGCACCGAAUCACCGCGGUUCCUACUACCGCCUGUACGACACCAGGAUAUGCACAAGAAGUGCAUGGUGAUUGAUUUGGAUGAAACGCUAGUGCAUAGUUCUUUCAAACCGAUCAACAACGCUGACUUUGUUGUUCCUGUAGAGAUUGAUGGGACAGUGCAUCAAGUGUAUGUUUUAAAGAGGCCUUACGUGGAUGAAUUCUUACAGAGAAUGGGUGAACUCUACGAGUGUGUAUUGUUCACAGCGAGUCUGGCAAAGUACGCCGAUCCGGUAGCAGAUUUGCUGGACAGAUGGGGAGUGUUCAGAGCGAGACUGUUUAGAGAAUCCUGCGUCUAUCACAGAGGGAACUAUGUGAAAGAUUUGAAUAAGCUAGGACGGGAUUUGCAACAAAUCAUCAUCGUCGACAACAGUCCUGGCAGUUACAUCUUCCAUCCAGAUAACGCGGUACCGGUGGCGUCUUGGUUCGACGAUAUGACGGAUUCGGAGCUGUUAGACCUGAUACCGUUCUUCGAGAAACUGAGCAGCGUGGAGAACAUUUAUACAGUCUUGUGCAAUAGUAAUCACCCUUACAAUCAAGUACCUCCGGUUGUACAGAACAGCCCAAGCCCAGGACCAGGUCUGCUGGGUGCCUCCUAGCCCCGCCUGAACUCUGGCAGGCUGGCCAGUAUCGUAAUCGCUCAAUGUGCUCUGAGAAGAAUCCUCGCGGGAUUGUUCCGCAUUGCCAGCUUAUUGUGCGACGGCGGACAGCUAGGAAUGACCCGCUGAAACGCUGGGCCGAGACACGAUUACCCGGAAACGAGGAGAAUACUCCGCGCCCUACACACGGUUCACAGGCUGCUUUCUCGUUGGCUUAUCCUCCCCCCCAUUGAGCAAGUUGUCCACGACGGAUACGACGACGAAUCUUUCACCUGAGGAAAAUCGAAAUAGCUCAAUUGGUUCUAGCGACUAAGAGAACUCGUCCGAUCGAAACGGGACAGACUUUAAAUAUAACUUAUUGGUUGCGUAAUCUACGCGCGUGUUUCCGUGUCUGGUGUACUCAAGAAGAGGAGGAAACAGCACUGGUCACCAGUGAACGCGGAAAAACAGUGAACCGAACGUUUUUUAUCGGGGUAAGUGCAUGAAAUUUGGAUUUACACUUAGAGAAAAUCGUCCGGGAUAAUCGGCUGGAUACAUCGAGUCGUUUGGAUGGACCGUUCAAAUCUCUCACCUCGACGUUAGUUGAUCCACUUUCGCAUUGCUUUUAAGCGAGUCUCUCGUAGCGUAUCUAAAUAACGAAAUUAGCUAGCUUUUAUAUCAAGUUGAUGAGGCUGACAAUUCCAAAUAGUUACGAAUCGAUCGUUCCGUGGAAUUAAUCGAUGAUUUUUGGUUAAUUUCUUAUUGAGACAUUCGCGACUAAUCAAAAGUAUCAAACCUUUCGUUUACCGCGUGUAUAAAAAAGCAUGGGAAUUGUUGAAGAUAAAAAGAAGGUUAGGUCAAUGCAUAUCACUAUUUCCCUCCAGGCAAUCGCGUGGACGAUGAACAAGCGUUACGUUAAUUAAUCAUUAACAAAUUAGAAUUACGUAGAGAGACGUCGGAGAUAUAUAGACACAGUUUACGAAUGUAAAUACGUUUUACUAACAGAGAUAGCUGUCGUUAUACGCUUAAUUCGCGCGUUAAAACAAUGUAAAUGUACAGAGAGAGAGAGAGAGAGUACCGCGCGUUAUACUUUCGCAUCCAUCGAACUGUCGUUACUCGUGCCUUUUUUCAUUUUAUUCAUAAAUCGUCGACGUUAAAACGACACUUCGCCCAUUUAACGCGAGAACUUGCAUCAAGAAUUGAUUAGGAAUUUGAUAAUGUAUCACGUUUUAUAUACAUAAGCCGGAGAUUUUAUUGGCCGUCGAUCAAGAAAGUAUAACCAGACAUAAUAGGUUCGUUUUUAACUUUAGUUUUUAAUACCAGUUUCUCUUUACUGAUACUUAUCUAAUGUUACGUUGUUAUUUAUCGGUGAACGAAAGCUAAGCCUGACGUUUUAUUAUAGUUAAAAGGGCUGGGGUUUACAGAGUUAAGAAUAUUAUACAACAAUAAGUCGUAUACACAUUGCAUAAUACAUAUUAAAUGGCUUCCAACUCUUACACGUUCUGUUAGUUUCAGAUUUCUACACGUUAUGUGACCGGAACAAUCGAUACUAUUAUUGAUUAUGGUCAUAUAAUAAUAAACAAGUGUAGGUAGAUCGAAAUUUAUCAAUUUCUGACAAUUUUUUAUAUAUAAGGUGUGCGA